AUGGCUCGAGGAGGUCGUCGUCGUCAAACUUUGGGUCAGGGUUUGGAUAGAGAGGUAUACCAAGUGGUCCGCAAAAUCAUCGACGACCGCGCGCAGUACGGAGACGCUCCGAGCACCUCUUUGUCUUUUGCCGUUGUAUAUGAUGAGAUUCGUGCGUCCAAUUCAAGCCUAAACCGGAGACCCAAAAAAUUGCUGGAGGACAGUAUCCAACGGGUUCUCGAAACCAUCCAGCAGGAUCAAGAAUCCGGUUCCGAGGAUUUUGUGGCCAUUCAAGAGGAGGAGGAGGAACAGCGGCAGCAGAUACACAAACCUGUGUCGAAUAAAUUGAACAAGAGCAUCGUCAGCGCCUGGUCAACUGCAGCUGUGCAGCCACCUGCACCCACGCCGAAACCAGCGUCAACACCCGCCAACAUGGAAUCCCCUCAAGUGGCUACUACACAGCGCCUUACGAAUGGCGAACCCCGGCCCAAGAAGCGCAGAGCCGGGAAUGCCUCAGCAAUUGACAGAUCUCCGCCAACACAUAUCUCGUUGGAGAAUCUAGGCGGUGUCACGCCGGUGAUCCAAGAGUUAAGACGGUUGCUCGUCAUCCCGAUGAGCAAGCCCGAGAUCUACGCCUCCAACAAGGUCCAACCACCACGCGGCAUCCUCUUACACGGACCUCCCGGUUGUGGCAAGACCAUGAUAGCCAACGCAUUAGCCGCAGAGCUUGGCGUCAAUUUCAUCUCCGUGUCCGCCACCAGCAUCGUCUCUGGCAUGUCCGGCGAGAGCGAGAAAGCGCUGAGGGACCUCUUCGAGGAAGCCAAAAGUUGUGCCCCGUCUUUACUCUUCAUCGACGAAAUCGACGCCAUUGCCCAAAAGAGAGAGACUGCGCAGCGGGAGAUGGAGAAACGAAUCGUCGCGCAGCUGUCGGUGUGCAUGGACGAUCUCACGCUGGACAAGACGGACGGCAAACCGGUCAUCGUCCUCGCCGCGACGAAUCGACUCGACACUCUGGAUGCAGCACUGCGAAGAGGUGGGCGGUUCGACAAGGAAAUCAACAUGAGAGUACCCACCGAGCCUGAUCGUGCAAGGAUCCUGGAGGCGCUGACCAAGGGCAUGAAGAUGGCCGGCAAUGUCGACCUGGACGUCCUGGCCAAACGCACCCCGGGUUUCGUGGGCGCGGACUUGAACGACCUCGUAUUAACGGCUUCGGCAACGGCUAUGGAGCGCUACCUGGACGUCCUCCAGGAAAACUCCGACAAAUAUAUCAUGGACGUCGACGGCGAUGACCACCUCGACAAACACCCCGACGCAGAAAGCAUCAAAUCCCUGCGCCGGCUCGUCAAAUACAUCAAAGGCCAAUCUCCGUCCUCCGAGGGCGAGGAAUCAUCCCUCCUCGUCACGUUCGAGGACUUCCUCACCGCCCUUCCCAAGAUCCAACCCUCCGCCUUGAGAGAAGGGUUCGCCACGAUCCCAUCCACGACAUUUGCCUCCAUCGGCGCCCUAGACGACCACAUCCGCGAGCUGAACGAGACUGUAAUUUCACCAAUCCUCGAUCCGGCCGUGUACACCAACCUCGGCCUCCCAGCCUGGUCGGGCACCUUGCUCUGGGGUCCCCCCGGCUGCGGGAAAACACUCCUCGCAAAAGCGUGCGCCAACGCCAGCCACGCAAACUUCAUCUCUGUCAAGGGCCCCGAGCUUCUGAACAAGUACCUAGGCGAAUCGGAGCGCGCGGUCCGGCAGGUCUUCACGCGCGCGCGCUCCAGCGUCCCCGUGAUCGUCUUCUUCGACGAACUCGACGCUUUGGUCCCGACCCGCGACGGCGGCGUCGGCGGCGGUUCCGAAGCCUCUGCGCGAGUCGUCAACACUCUGUUGGCUGAGCUCGACGGCGUCGGCCACUCCCGCGAGGGCAUCUACUUCAUCGCCGCCACGAAUCGGCCCGACAUCAUCGACCCGGCCAUGCUCCGCCCAGGCCGGCUGGACAUGUUUCUUUAUGUUGGGCUGCCGGACGCCGAAGGUCGAGUCGAAAUCCUGAGGACGCUCUGCAAAAAGGUCAACGGCUUGCUGUUUGACCACUCCAUAGCCACGAUUGCCAGAGAAGAAUGUGAAGGUUUCAGCGGUGCGGAUCUGGAAUCUCUGUUGAGGAGGGCCGGGCUGGCCGCCGUGCGCCGUAUCAAAUCCUCUGGAGGGCCCGACACUAUAACCACACAAGACUUCAUGCAUGCAAAAACCGAGGUGAGACGGAGUGUGGGUGUAGAGGACAUCAAGAGAUUUGAGGCCUUGCGCAAAAACUGGCGCAAAUAG